AUGGUGUACAUCGGCGCGCACGGCGUGGAGACGCUGAAGCGAUACCGCUACAGCGGGCAGGACCACUCGGUGGUGGCCAAGUACGUGCUCCAGCCCUUCUGGAGCCGCUGCGUCACACUCUUCCCGCUAUGGAUGCCACCAAAUAUGAUCACGCUCACAGGAUUUAUGUUUCUACUUACAUCUGCGCUGCUUAGCUAUAUUUAUUCACCCCACCUUGACACAGCUCCCCCGCGGUGGGUCCAUCUUGCUCAUGGAGUACUCCUCUUCUUGUACCAGACUUUCGAUGCUGUUGAUGGUAAACAAGCGAGGCGCACCAGCUCAUCAAGUCCUCUAGGAGAACUUUUUGAUCAUGGAUGUGAUGCCCUUGCCUGUGCUUUUGAAGCUUUGGCCCUUGGAAGCACCUUGAUGUGUGGAAGGUUGACAUUCUGUUUCUGGAUUGUUGCUGCUGUUCCAUUUUAUCUGGCAACAUGGGAACACUACUUUACAAAUACACUCAUUCUUCCUGUAAUAAAUGGACCAACAGAAGGCCUGAUGCUGAUUUAUGUCUCCCACCUCUUUACCUUUUUUACUGGUGCUGAAUGGUGGGCGCAAGAUUUUCGGAAAUCUAUCCCCCUAAUUAGUUUGGUUCCACUUCCGUUUGUUCCAGAAAUCCCCAUGUACGUUAUUGUGCUGAUUCUUAUGAUCCUGUUUGCUGUAAUCCCAACAGUUGGAUCCAAUAUCGGUAAUGUCCAAAAAGUUGUUGAUGCACGAAAAGGAAGCAUGGAACUAGCAUUAGCAAUGCUCCUUCCAUUUGUUGUGCUGUUAGCUGGAGUUGCUGUCUGGUGUUAUCUUUCUCCUUCAGAUAUCAUGAGGAACCAGCCACAUCUGCUUGUGAUCGGAACUGGUUCUGCUUUUGGAUAUUUGGUUGGAAGGAUGAUACUUGCUCACUUGUGUGACGAGCCCAAAGGUCUAAAAACUGGAAUGUGCAUGUCUCUGGUGUUUCUUCCAUUCGCGAUAGCGAAUGCUCUGGCUGCGAAGAUUAACAAUGGGACCCCUUUAGCUGAUGAGCUUCUGGUUCUUGUUCUGUACACUGCGUACACAGUGGGUCUGUACCUGCAUCUUGCCGUUUCGGUUUGUCACGAGAUCAAGCUUGCUCUUGGAAUCUAUUGCUUCAGGAUAACAAGAAAAGAGGCUUGAUGUGUUUGAACUCCUACCUCUCAUGGGGUGCGUGAUUCAGCUACAUUGAUAUUGUCUGCUAAUCUAGAAGUGUGGCGCAGAACAACCCAUCCCUGCGCUCCGGAAGAGUCCUGUCUCUGGGAUAUCACCGUCAGCAGUCAUUGAGCUUGUAUUAUGCAGAUAGAUACAGAUCUUGUGUGGACAGUAACGCAGAGCUGUGCUAGAGUAGCACAUGUACAUUAUGUUAUGCAGUCGGUGUGUAAUGUACGUCACGGUUGGCAGGAAUUCUUAAUGCAAUAGCGUUGUUGAUCUGCAGACG